CAAACAGGAUUUUAUAUAAAAUAAAUAUUUCUAAAAUGUCAGACUCAGAUAGUGAUGAUCUCAUAGCCCAGCAAGCCAUGAUGGCUUCUGCCAAGUACGGUGGCGUAGGCAAGACAACAGCAGUUUUGCACGAAGACAAGAAGAAAUUCGAUAGUGCCGAUUACUACCAGAAGCAAGCACAAGUCAUGAAAGCAGCAGGAAUGGAAGUUGAUGGUGAAGCUGAAGCUGAAGAAAAGAAAGAUGAAGCGGAUUAGAUGCCAAUUAAAGUGAAUGAACCAGUGCUACCGGGUGGUCAGCCUUAAGUUGUUUAAUAUUCACAUCAAAUUUUG